UCAGUCGAACCGUUCGGCCCCGACGGCUGCUCUUCUUCCUCCCCGCGACCCAUUUCCUCCCUUCGCUCCCCCAGCGCGCGCCGCUCUCCACGCGGUCGGCCCGUGCGCCGCCCUCCACACUCCCCUGCCCAGCUGCAGCUCGAGUCCGACUGGUGCGGAAGCACCCUCCUUUCCCACGACUUCUCUGUUCUCUCUCUCGGCCUUGGUCUUCCUUUCCUAGCGGCGACGACAGGGCGAGUUGCGCUGCCCGUUGUUCGUCGAGCGACGGGCGCUUCGCCGGCGACGAACAUCCGACAGGGGUUGUGAUCUUUCAGCCGUAGGCGCGAGAUUUGUCUUUGCUUGAACUGAGUGACAGUAAAACGGAGACCGGUUAGCGUUGUUCCUGAAAUCUGUUGGUUCAUGGGGAGUCAGACAAUGGCAUCAAAGGCUGGUGGAGGUGGAGGGGGCGGGGGCGGCGGUGGCGGUGCCGGUGCAGCACAACGCGGGCAGAUGCAGAACCUGUCAAGACAAGGGUCUUUGUAUAACCUCACCCUUGAUGAGGUGCAGAGCCAUUUGGGAGAACCCCUGCAUAGCAUGAACCUUGACGAGUUGCUUAAGAGUGUCUUUCCUGAUGGCCUGGAGCAUGAUGGUGGCACUACCAGCCAGUAUGAGCAGACUUCGGGCCUCUUGCGACAGGGGAGCAUCACCAUGCCACCUGAGCUCAGCAAGAAGACUGUGGAUGAGGUGUGGAAGGGCAUCCAAGAUGCACCGAAGAGAAAUGUCACAGAGGGUGGUCGGAGGAGACGGGAGCGGCAGCCAACGCUUGGGGAGAUGACUCUUGAGGAUUUCUUGGUGAAAGCUGGGGUUGUCACACAAGGAUAUCUGAAGGACUUGAACGAUGUAGGCAAUGUGGAACAGGUUGGUAGUGCUGGGGUUUCUGGUUUGACGGCGGGAGCACAGUGGUUAGACCGCUAUCAGCAGCAGAUUACAGCUAUUGAGCCCCAUCAGCAUGGGCAACAUGGUGUGCCAGGUGCUUAUAUGCCGAGUCAGUUAGCCCUUCAGCCACUGAACGUUGGGCCGGGUGCUAUUCUGGAAUCAUACUCUGAUGGCCACAUUACCUCGCCAAUGAUGGGUGCACUUUCUGAUUCCCCCACACCUGGUAGGAAGCGCGGUGCCCCAGGAGAUGUGGCGGAUAAGUUGAUGGAGAGAAGGCAGAAGAGGAUGAUAAAGAAUAGGGAGUCAGCUGCUCGUUCAAGGGCUAGGAAGCAGGCCUACACUAAUGAACUGGAAAACAAGGUAUCUCUAUUAGAAGAGGAGAAUGAGAGGCUAAAGAGGCAAAAGGAGUUGGAGAAGAUACUUUUCUCUGCGCCUCUGCCAGAACCCAAAUAUCAACUGAGGAGAACAGGCUCAGCAACUUUCUGAUUAUGUCCAGAAUAUCUAGUUUUGUAGUUCUCUAAGUGCUGUGGCUUGUAAGUUUUUGCCUCUUUGGCUUAGAAUCAUUUGCUAACUUGGGAGUUUUUGGCUUAUCCUAGCUCGAUGGUUUGCUCUCUAGAUUAGCAGGAGCCUAGCAUGUGCUGUCUGAGCACCGCCGUCUCUCUCCUGAGGCCUUGCUACUAGCCUAGUAUGUAAAUCUAAAUCUGCAGGACGCAUUUAGGUGGUUGUAGCUUUCUUUACAUGGUGACUUAACCCCUGCUCUUCCAUGUGUGUGAUUCUGAGCUCGCGAAACUUGCAUCAUGCCAAAUGGAUACAUAUAACUAUGAGCAGUAUGAUUUUUUUUUUUGAA